AUGAGCUCAGAGGCCAGAAAUAUCUCUCACACUGUGAGUGAGUUUAUCCUCUUGGGCUUCCCUUGCCACUGGGAAAUACAGAUCUUCCUCUUUGCCAUAUUCUUUUUGACUUACACCCUGACCCUCCUGGGAAACACGGCCAUCAUGUGUGCAGUGCGCUGGGAUCGUCGGCUCCACACCCCCAUGUACAUUCUGCUGGCCAACUUCUCCUUCCUGGAGAUCUGCUAUGUCAAUUCUGAUGUGCCAAACAUGUUGGCCAACUUUCUCUCCAAGACCAAAACCAUCACCUUCACUCGAUGCAUCUUGCAGCUGUACUUCUUCUUCUCACUAGGCACGACCGAAUGCUUAUUUCUCUCCAUCAUGGCCUAUGACCGAUUCCUGGCAAUCUGUCACCCCCUGCAAUACCCCACCAUCAUGACUACUAAGUUCUGCAGCAGCCUCAUCAUCCUUUGCUGGGUGUAUGGUUUCCUCUGGUUUCUGUUCCCAGUAAUACUUGUUACCCGGCUGCCAUUUUGUGGCCCUAAUGUGAUUGAUGACUUUCUGUGUGACCUGGGUCCCCUGCUAGCCCUGGCUUCAGCCUGUGUCCCAAUCCCAGGGACUGUUCUCAUAUGUGGCACCAUGAGCUCCCUCCUCAUCUUUGCCACCUUUUUCUACAUCAUUGGUUCAUAUACUCUGGUUUUGAGGGCUGUGAUGCAAUUGCCAUCAGCUGCUGGCCGGAAGAAGGCCUUCUCCACCUGCUCCUCACACUUGGCUGUGGUGUUUCUAUUCUAUGGCUCUGUCAUGCUGACAUAUGUGAGUCCUGGAUCAGGACAAGCAGAGGGCAUGCAGAAGUUCACUACUUUGUUCUACUCUGUUUUGACCCCUUUUUUCAACCCCAUGAUCUACAGCCUCCGAAAUAAAGAGAUGAAGGAUGCCUUGAACAAAGUUCUAGGAAGUUCCUAA